UUCCUGAAGCAGAGACAAGAACGAGCCUGGGAGUUUCCUUCUGUCUCACUGGACAGGUGGCAGCAGAAGACCAAGCGGUGCUGGUCUAUUUGAGUGAGACGGACAGACGCCAGGCUCCUGGGGUCGCCCAGGAUGUUGCAAGGCCUUUUGUUAGUGGCCACUUGCUUCCUGUCUUCAGCCUCAGUAACUGCUCUGAAAGAUUUCUCUGGAGGAAAGAAAUAUGAAGUGGUGUAUCCCAGAAGAGUUCAUCCACUACGUGAAAGAGAGGUCAAGGAACCAGACCAGCAGGAAAAAUUUGAAACUGAAUUGAAAUAUGAAAUGACAGUUAAUGGAAAAAUAGCAGUGCUUUAUUUGAAAAAAUCCAAGAACAUCCGUGCACCAGGCUACACGGAAACACACUAUAAUUCCUUUGGAAAGGAGGUCACCGCCAGCCCACAGAUCAUGGACGACUGUUAUUACCAAGGGCACAUCAUUAAUGCAAACUUUUCUGAAGCUAGCAUCAGCACGUGUAGGGGUCUCAGGGGCUACUUCAGUCAGGGAGAAGAAAGGUACUUCAUUAAACCUUUAAGUCCCACAAAUUGGGAUGAACAGGAACAUGCACUCUUCAUGCACGAUCCCGAAGCAAAGAAGACUGAUGCCACCUGCGGGGCAGAUGACUUGCUAUGGGCACAUGGGGCCCCACCUGCCACCAGUCUGAAAUUAAAUGAUCGGAAGGUUCAAGAACAAAAGAAAUACGUAGAAUAUUAUUUGGUACUGGACAAUGGUGAGUUUAACAAGUACAAUCGAGAUCCAGAGGAAAUAAGAAACAGGGUGUUCGAGAUGGUCAAUUACAUCAAUAUGGUUUAUAAAAAACUGGAUACUCAUGUGGUCUUAGUGGGGAUGGAAGUCUGGAAUGAGGAGGACAAGAUAGAGAUAAGCCCAAAUGCAAGCUUCACCUUGAACAACUUUUGGAAAUGGAGGGAGAGUGUCCUCUUAAGGAGAAGGCAUCAUGAUAUCGCUCAGUUAAUCACGGCAAGAGGCUUUUCUGGAACGACCGUGGGCCUUGCUUUCAUGUCUUCAAUGUGCACUCCUUAUUCCGUUGGCGUCAUUCAGGACCACAGUGACAAUGCACUUAGUGUUGCAGGGACAAUGGCCCAUGAGAUGGGCCAUAACUUUGGAAUGUUCCAUGAUUACUAUCUUUGCCAGUGUCCAGAAAAAAUAUGUGUGAUGGAAGAAGCACUAAGCAUAGACACACCCACGGACUUCAGUUCCUGCAGCCGUGUCAGCUUUGCCCAGUUUUCUGAAGGUAAGUUAUCAGAUUGCCUCUUCAAUGCCCCGCUGCCUGCAGACGUCCUAUCCACCCCGCUCUGCGGGAACCAGCUGGUAGAGGCGGAAGAGGACUGCGACUGCGGGACUUCCGAGGAGUGUACCAACAUCUGCUGUAAUGCUGAAACGUGCACGGUCAAGGCAGGAUCGAUGUGUGCAUCCGGGGAGUGCUGUGAAGGGUGCCAGAUUAAAAAGGGUGGUACAGUGUGCAGACCAGCAAAAGAUGAGUGUGAUCUGCCAGAAAUGUGUGAUGGUCAGUCCGCUCUUUGCCCUGAUGACCGAUUUCAAGUCAAUGGCUUCCCUUGCCAGAAUGGGAAGGGCUACUGCCUGAUGGGGCUGUGCCCCACGCUGCAGGCACAGUGCUCUGAGCUCUGGGGACCAGGAGCUGAGGUUGCAGAUAUGUCAUGUUACAGCAAGAACACAAAUGGGUUACGGUAUGGGUACUGCCGCAAAGUGGGCGACACACACGUUCCCUGUAAAGCAAAUGACGUCAUGUGUGGGAAGUUGUUCUGUCAAGGUGGGUCAGAUAACUUGCACCAGAAAGGAUCUGUAAUAACUUUCUUGACAUGUAAAGCAUUUCACUCUGAAGACAAGAGUCAAGAAAUAGGCAUGGUAGCCAACGGAACCAAGUGUGGAGAUAAGAAGGUUUGCAUUGAAGCAGAGUGUGUGGAUAUCGAGAAAGCCUACAAAUCGACCAAUUGCUCAUCUAGGUGCGAAGGACACGCUGUGUGUGACCAUGAGCUCCAGUGUCAGUGCAAAGAGGGCUGGGCCCCUCCUCUCUGCAGGGACUCCUCCGUGGUGUUCUGUAGCUUCCCAUUGGAUCUUCCCAGUCUUGGCACUGGCCAGCAUUUGCUACUGCCAGUGCUCUGGAUUUUGGUCACUCUAACAGGUGGUGAAUCUCUGUCACUCAGAGGGCCUCAAAGUCCUCUUCCAACAGCAGUGUGUGGGGCUUCCUGCAACAGUGGCUCACAACUAAGGACACAGGGGCUGUCUGGGCAAACUUCUGCUUUCUUCUUGAAGCACAAAUGGGGCAACAAAGAGGACCGGUGAUCUGAUUCUAAGUAAAUGUAAUGAGAAAAGAAGCCAUGUUUAUCUUGUUUACAUUACAAAAAUAAAUCCGGUGAUUUCCAGCAAAUUGCUGGUAGGACACA